GGGACCCAGGCCGGGCACCAGCGGCCAUGUUGAGGCACCGCCUUUCGGCUCCGGCUGCUCCUUCCGAUUCCGCCGCUGGGCCGGCGCUGGAGGAUCACCUACUCUUUGGUGCAGACAAAAGAGCAAGUAGCAAUUGGACAGGAAAAGAAUGGCAUUAAAACAGAUUUCCAGCAACAAGUGCUUCGGGGGACUGCAGAAAGUGUUUGAACAUGACAGUGUUGAACUGAACUGCAAAAUGAAAUUUGCUAUCUACUUGCCACCAAAGGCAGAAACUGAAAAAUGCCCUGCACUGUAUUGGCUGUCUGGUUUGAGUUGCACAGAACAGAAUUUUAUAACAAAAUCUGGUUAUCAUCAGGCUGCCUCAGAACAUGGCCUUGUUGUCAUUGCUGCAGACACCAGCCCCCGUGGCUGCAAUAUUAAAGGGGAAGAUGAGAACUGGGACUUUGGCACUGGUGCUGGGUUUUAUGUGGAUGCCACUGAAAAUCCUUGGAGAACUAACUACAGAAUGUACUCUUAUGUAACAGAGGAGCUUCCCCAACUCAUAAAUGCCAAUUUUCCAGUGGACCCCCAAAGGAUGUCUAUUUCUGGCCACUCCAUGGGAGGCCAUGGAGCUCUGAUUUGUGCUCUAAAGAAUCCUGGAAAAUACAAAUCUGUGUCAGCAUUUGCUCCAAUUUGCAAUCCUGUGCUUUGUCCUUGGGGCAAAAAAGCCUUUAGUGGAUAUUUGGGAACAGAUCAAAGUAAAUGGAAGGCUUAUGAUGCUACCUAUCUUGUGAAGGCCUAUCCUGGUUCUCAGCUGGACAUACUAAUUGAUCAAGGAAAAGAUGACAACUUUCUUUCAGAUGGACAGUUACUACCUGAAAACUUCAUCGCUGCCUGUACAGAAAAGAAAAUCCCUGUUGUUUUCAGAUUACAAGAGGGUUAUGAUCAUAGCUACUACUUCAUUGCAACCUUUAUUACUGAUCACAUCAGACAUCAUGCAAAAUACCUGAAUGCUUGAGAAACUUCAGAUAAGAGAUUCUCUUCAGGAUUAUAAAGAUUAGAAUAGAAUUGCAGGGGAAAAGAAUUUCAAAACAUUGUAUUUCAUAAUACUAAAAAUUGUUCUAUAGUUGAAUCACCUUCUGAAUAAACAUAUGAAACCUU